AUGAUCGUCGUAUUUUGGGAAUUCGACAACGAAGCUUGUUUUGACCCACGAUUUUUAUAUCUAAAAUCAACAUAUGGAAUUUUUCAACAACUAUAUUUAAUAUUUUUUUUAGGUUUUUGCGUUAAAACAAAAGAAGUAGGAAGCGGCACCAAAGUAUUCGUCAAUGUUUGCCAAACAGAUGCUAUACCUCCACCAAAAGAUAUCUCCGUAAAAGAACUGGAAGAGCUUAUGGAAUCAGAUGAACCAGGAGAUUAUAAAGUACCAAUGAGCCUUGGAGAAAUCAGAACAGAACCUGAUAAAAAAGGGCAAGACGCCAAGGUCUGCGAUGUAGCUAUUCAUCCAGCCUUUUUGAAGAAAGUUGCCGAGAAUCCGGCUUUCAAAAGCUUUUUUCUAGCCGUUGUUUUUCAAGGAAUCGAAGACAAAUAUAAUUUAUCAUGUGAAGAUGAAAAAACUCCUCUCCUCAAUAGAAAAACCUUUGGGAAGUUGCAGACACAUAGGAUUCAGCAGCGGGAAAUUGACCAGAAGAUGGCUGAAAGUACACAGAAGUCUUUGAUGAGUGAAGUUGGAGGAUCAGCUGAACCAAAAAAAGUUGUCAUUGAAACACUGUCCAAUACCGAAACUACUAUGAAAACGCCAGAAUUUAGGCUUUACAAAAAGAAAACUGGUCAAAACUGUUUGUAUGGAGAAUUCAAAUUACCAGAUGUCAUAUCUGCACAGGAAGUAGAUUUGGAUAUUGGCGAAGAUCGAAUUCUUCUAGAGUCUAAAACAAGAAACUAUCUCCUGGAUAUUUUUGUGCCAUAUAUUGUGAAACAAAAGAACUGUUCCUCAUCAUUUGACAAAUCUACUAAAAUUUUAACAGUAACAAUGCCUCUUGUGGGAGGAUAAAUAUAUUACACUGGGGUUGUACUUACAGUAAAAUUGUAGAUGUGUGUUAUGAAAGUGAAAAUUAUUAAUCUAUGAAGUUGAAAGUUUAUCAAGUAUACAGAAUUUCUAGAAAAAA